GACCUCAUCCCUGGUGUGGGAUGACGUCAAAUUCAAGAUGGAUGGAAUCACGACCAGCGCGCAGAAAUCUACACAACAGUGAAUAAAGUCCCGGCUGUGUGGAGGAAAGACCAAAUAGACGACGGGCAGGCCAUGGAGAGCCUUGUGCAUUACAGCAACCCCUCCCAUGCCCUCUCAGUGUUAGGGGUUCUCAAUGAGCAGCGUCUUCGGGGUCAGAUGUGCGAUGUUGUCCUGGUUGUAGGGGAUCAGAGGUACCAGGCUCAUAAGAGUGUCUUGGCUGCCAGCAGUGAAUAUUUCCAGUCCCUGUUUACACGGAUGGACACGGAGUCCCUUAAAGUAGUUAACCUGGACUUCUGUGAGCCGGACGCCUUCGAAAUCGUUCUGAAUUACAUUUACUCCUCCUCCCUCUUUGUGGACAAAGGGAGCCUUGCAGCCAUUCAAGAGCUGGGCUACAGUCUUGGAAUCCCUUUCCUCACAAACAUUGUGUCAACAAGGCCACAUGCAUCCUACUGUGUGUCCAGAAAAAGGCUUUCGUUCUCUGAAGGGGAAGAGAAUGAUGUCCAGACAAGAAGUGUCAUUGUGCGUCGGGUCAGGAAUGAGACCGCCCAUCCCUCACGCUCAAAUUAUCCUAAAAAGACAUCAGAGAGAGUGUCGCCUCCUCACUCUACUCGAGAAUCAACACAGCCUCCUUCAGAACGCUUCUCAUAUGAAUCAGUCAGAAACUCUGAAUCUAUCAGCAGGAAAUCAGCAGAACAGAGUGAACCUGCCGAGAGAAAGCCCACCUAUCCUUACGCCUCCAUAUUAAAAGGGAAUUCAUCACACAUCACAUCUGUUCGGCCCCAGUUGACUUCCUCAGUGUCCUUCAGCGAUGCAGAAGUGCAGCACAUUAGGCUGCAGUCUGGCAUUGACCAGGACGGCAAAGAGGACGAAGAGGAGCAGGAGCACCACUAUCACACCAAAGUGUCCUUUCAAGGUCAGGCCAGUGAGCCAAGCCCGACCAUUGACCGGAGCGGACCACUCAUAAAAAGCCUCCUCCGGAGAUCCCUAUCCAUGGACAGCCCUGUUCCAGUGUUCUCUCCAACAUUGGAACUCAAGGAUCUGCAAAACCGCGAACAGUCAGUUGUUAAAAUGGCAUCCAAAGCAUGUGGGCCUGAAACACCUGCUCACAACGGCAACUCAAAAAGAACGUCUCCCCUGGUUCUCAGGUCAAAACACCCCAGCAGGUAUGAUGAAGAAACUCAGGUAGGAAGAGAGGUCAGUGUGAAAGCUGAGCCCAGCAGCCCACUCGCAGACCCCAUGGACAUUAUUCGGAUCACAGUUGGGGAUGCGUUGCCUGUCAAUCUCAAAGACUUGCAAGCAAAUUAUGACCAAGGUUUAAGGCCAGAUUUCAAUUCUUUUGGGAAAAGAAGGGACAGGCCAGACAACAGAAGGUACCCUUUUAAGAAGAGCAAAAUAUUCAAAGAACAUCCCCCGACGCUGGAUGACGACGUGACAGUGCCUCAGAGUGCCAGCGGCAACGUAAACGAGAACAGUGAAGAGCCACCUCAGAACAAAAUCUUCAAAUGCUGGAACUGUUUAAAAGUUUUCAGGUCUAGUGCUGGCUUACAUCGGCAUGUAAAUAUGUAUCACAACCCUGAAAAGCCGUAUGCUUGUGACAUCUGCCACAAGCGCUUCCAUACCAACUUCAAAGUGUGGACUCACUGCCAAACUCAGCAUGGUGUCGUACAAAACCCGGCGUCAUCCUCCAGCUCUUCUGUGCUAGAUGAGAAAUUUCAAAAGAAGCUGAUAGACAUUGUGAGAGAGAGGGAGAUAAAGAAAGCGCUUCUCUGGAAGUUGAAGAGGAAUAAACAGGGUUUGCAAUCUCCUUCACUUACCAAAAAGAGAUCGAGGCCCAGCUAUAUAUGUCCUUACUGUGGGAAGGUAUUUGUGUUCCAGUCUCAGUACAGACAGCAUUUAAGGACACAUCCUGCUGAAAAAGCAGACCAGGACACGGCAAACGAGAGCGUCCUUUACCAGGAGCAGGAUGAAAUCAGUCAACAGAAAAACCCAGAUGCUGGCGUCUACUCCUGUAGGCUUUGCAACAUGAAGCUGUCUUCACUCUUUGAACAAGGCGACCACGAGAGAGGCUGUCGGCAUGCAACUGUAUGUCCCUACUGUGGCCUCCGCUUCUCCAGUCCAUCGGUAAAAAUAGACCACGAGGCACAUUGUAAGUACAAGAAACUGACGUGCCUGGAGUGCAUGCGGACCUUCAAGUCGUCCUUUAGCAUAUGGCGUCACCAGGUGGAGGUCCACAACCAAAACAUGAUGACUGUUAAAGACCAGAUUCACCUGCAGGAACAUGAGAACAGCGAAGAGUCCUCUGAAAUGCUCAGAGAGGAUCAUUACCAGGACGAGCAUCUGGCAACCAGGACUUCAAGAGACACAAUCUGCUACAGCGACUCCUCAGGUCCACCAAUGUACGACUCGGAAGACUCUUCAUCCUUUGUGCCUGAAGACCUAAGCAUGGGCCACCAUGGAAAGCUGGUAGUAAAGGAAGAGCCAAUGGAGGAGGCUGUGAGUGAGAGGGAAAAUACAGGGUCUUCAAAAUCUGGACUUGAGGAACCUGGUGUGUGGCCAUGCGAGAAAUGUGGGAAUCUUUUCAGCUCUCGCAAAGACCUGGAACGACAUCAGGAGCUGCUCUGCCACAUCAAACCGUUCAUCUGUCACAUCUGCAACAAAGCCUUCAGGACCAACUUCCGCCUUUGGAGCCACUUCCAGUCCCACAUGUCGACGGCUAACGAACCUGGAGCCAAAGAAAUCGAAAGGAAUCCCUCCCUGUCUCCAUCCCCUCCCACGACCCCUCAGAGCUCUGAACGUCGCUCCCCACAGGCCUCCGUGCUCAAGUCCGCCCAGACGCCCCCAGUGGCUGAGGAGUCCAGCAGCCCCGAGCCCUGUAGCUCAUCUGUAAACAAGACAAAGAGGCCUGAGCUGGAACAUCAAUCCAGCAGCCACAGCCCUCUGUCGAGGUCCAACAGCAUGGAGAGUCAAGGAGGCCCUCAGGAAUCAGAGACACUCUUUUACCACGCGCCGUCUCUCUCUGCUCUGACGUUCAAGAGGCAGUACAUGUGCAAGCUCUGCCACAGGACCUUCAAGACGGCGUUCAGUCUGUGGAGCCACGAGCAGAGUCACAGCCACAUGUAAGCAUCAGAAAAGUAGAAGUUUCUCUCGAGAGACGAUAUUAGACUUAAACACCUCAGCCUACAAAAGGAAGACUUUGAAUGUAUAGCUUAUCUGCUUGCCUCCAAUGACAUUUUAAAGUGGCCAUGUUCAAUAGAGGUGUAAACGUGAAUGUGCAAUCAAGUGCUAGAUUCCUCUGAGAGACGAGAUGAAUAUAAAUGAUUUAUUUUACUUUCCAAAUGAGAUAUAACUAUUGAUCUAUUUUAAAUCUCUUUUAGCUGUCUACUUGUACUUAUCUAUGUAGAUGCUUUUGAGAAAACACAGUACAGAGUUGUACCCUGUUUUGUUUCAGAUGCACCACUUUGUAUUAGAGCUGUUUCAAUACAGACACCAAUACCAAAACCAUACUUAAAGUGGAAGGUAGUGGAAAUGCCUUAGACACAGCCUAGUAUUGAGGAAGGAGAAAUACUUCAGUCAUUGCAAUGUGGUCCCAAAAGAAAAUCAACUUGUUGAACUAGAUUUCAGUUCUUCUUUGGUGCUUGAUAGCCUUUACAUUACGCUGUGCUGCGCUGGUACCAUGGUUGUGUUGUGGGUUUCAUGCAAAUUACUGUUGUAGAGCAGCAUAAUAAGAACUUCAGGUAAAUGAUAAGGAUGCACGAUAUUGGAUUUUUGCUGGUAUCAAAUUUGUCAAUAUUUUCAAACUCAAGGUAAAGCCUGUACAAAGCUUCACCUGUCACUCUUAUUGAGACGUCUGUUUUAGAAACAAACAUAAAAAAGCAUUUGAUUAUAUCAUACAUGAUGCAGAUAUCACUCUUUAAAUCUAGACAUUAAGAUGUAAGGUCACUGCUCUAUUUCUUUGCUUUGUUAAAGCUGCUGUGAGGAACUUUUGUUUUGUAUCGAUUCUGGCACCCCCUUGAGGACAAAUUGAUGCCUCUUAUCUCUUGUUCUAAACAUGCAAAAGUAGUGUUUUCAACAAAAACCUCAUCCUGUUCUCUUUUGACAGUCAACUUUAUCAGGCAAUGUGAUUAUUUUCCAUGAAAACAGUCAAAUAAAGGCUGUUUCUGAAGCGAGAUGUCCAUCAUCUGGUCUGACACCUACCCCCUCAGGGCGGUUUCAGGCAUUAAAAAUGACAACAGAGAAGGUGUCAGUGUUGCUGCUGAUGGUCUUGUUUGCUAUUGAAGGCCAUAAAGAGGCACCGGUAUAAUUUUCAGUCUGUUUCUCUGCCAGUUUAAAACUCCUCACAGGGCCUUUAAAUGACAAAAGUAGAGGCUGCUAACAGGUUUUUGCUGGCUUCACUUUUUCAAUCUUUUCAGAAACUCUUGGUGCUGCUCAGGGUGAUGGUUCUUGAGAUGCACAGUUAAAUGUGUUGUCUUAAAGCAUUUUUGUUUUGCACCUACUCACAUCACCGGUGCUCCACUAGCUUUUCAAAUGGCUCAUUCAUUGUCCGUUUCCAACACUUCAGAAUACUUCCAUACAGCAACUACCAAUUUAACACCAAUCAAUGGGCCACCCUGUCGGCGAGGUGGUGCAUUAUUACCCUGAUAAUGCCGUGCAUCCCUAAUCAUUUAUCAUAAGAUGCCAGCAAACAAUAGUCCUGUUCUAGCAGGGAUUGUAAAUUAAUUCAAAGAUUGAAAACUGUCUGCAGUUGGGCACUAUUUUCAACCUCUGGUAAACCAACACUGUUGACUGUGCGCAAGGCUUCAGUUUAAUGAGGCUGCCUAAAAGUUAGAUAUAUAUUUGCGUAUAUAUUCGGAUCAGUGCUUGUUUUGACUGGUGAAAGAGUUGCAAUCUGCACCAGGAGGUUAAACCGUGGUAUUGGAACAUCUCUGCAUUUGAAGGUGCAAAGAUUUAAAAAAAAAAAAAAAAAGGUACAACUUUGUAAACUGUAUGCUCUGAGUGUGGGUAAAGUGCUUUACAUUUUUAGAGGUUACAGGUGAAUUGACAAGUAGUGCUUUUGCUUUUGUAUCAGAUUUAUCUCUUGAUGUGUGUGACAACCCUUAAGAUAAUAUUGGUGGCCUCAACAAUGUAUUCAAUAUGCACUUUGUGUAACAGUUUGAUUCUUUUAUAGUGGAAAAAAAGUACAAAAUGUUUGUUUGCAGGAGUAAAAAAUAUACAUUUGCCCAAAGUUUGUUUAAAUAAGCAUUCUUGUGUUUAUUCUCUCAUAUUUGCCUUUUUGUCUUUUUGUUUAACCAAGUGGUUGAAUAAGACAUUCAGUUGAGUUAUUUUAAAGUAAUAUCACACAUCAAAUACAUCUCAGAUACCUGUCGUUUCAGGCAAAACAUUUCUUUUUUUUUUAGCCUUCUUAAAUUGCUUCAUUCAGUACCUAAUUUAUCUUUCUUAUUACUGACCAGUGAAUCACUUUUAUACUCGUACAAGUUAAAGGGGCAGUGCAAAUAUUGGUCAUAACAUAAGAAGAAGUUGUUCUUUUUUUUUACAGAUAAGAACUCAUAGAAAUAUGUUAAAAGGAAAUAACAAAUUUUGUGAAAGUAAUCCGUAAAAAUAUUGGACUGAUUGAGUUGUUAGCCUCCUUAAUGACGUAUUUGAGUCAUCACAGGAAAUAAAAAUCAAUAUAAAACUGCCAUGGCAGGUUAGCUAUCAGAGGAGCUUUAUGAAAGCACAUUUUUUCAUAAUUUAUUGUUAUUAAAAAAAUAAUAAUUCUAAACAUUUUUAAAUUAAAGCUUCUGUGAGGAAUUUUUGGGGUUGACUUUAGUGCCCAAUGUUUAUCUCUUUCCUGACUUUGUGUGCAUGAGUCACAAGUAGUGUUUUCCUGAUUUUAAAUCUCUUUACAGUCAGAACUUUUACUCACUUUGCAUUUUUUCAGUGGAAAAUGUAAAAAUUGUCUGUUUUGGCACAUCACUACCUGACGCCUACUCUUCAUCGGCAUUGACAGACAUUGAAAAUAACUAAAAUAGAUAGAACCAAUCUUCCUGCCAAUCGUCUCUUCUUCUUUUAUAGGUCACAUUAAGGCGUUGGUAAUAGUUUCAGUCCGUUUCAUAACAGGCUAAAAACUCCUCACAGGAGCUUCAAUUAUAAUCAAAGCUGUCAAAGUGUUCAAGUCACAACAGUCUGCCUACCCAGUACAGAACCAGUGUUAUAGACACUCAUCCAUAAACUGAUGGAGCUCUGCAGUUAAACAAAUUCAGUAAAGAACCAAGCUUUACAAUGCUUCGAUGGCCUUAUGCAACCUUAAAAUAUUUUGUCUCCAUUAUUUCACAAUAAAAAGCACAAAAGAGUUUCAGAUGACUUAUGACUCAGGCUUUUCAUGAUGGUGUCGUCAAGACGGCGGAGGCAUGAGGAAGCAAACCUUUCAUUUUACCAGUGAGCAGAGUGUUCCUGCUUCCAGAAGAUUUAUUAUAAAGAAUGUGUCUUGAUUGUAUUCCAGCUGUUUUACAACUGUAUUCUUGUACAAAUAUAUACUUCUGCUUUGGCUAUAGAUGGAUUAGAACUUUGUCAUAAAUUAUCACGGUUGCUACGUGUUUGGGAGAUGUUGCAUUCAAAGAGUGCUCCACAUGAACUGGGAAUUUGUUUUUCCUCUAAAUGAACAACGUGAGCUGCAUCGUGAUGUUUAAUUCAUUGGAGAAACUCUCUGUAUUGAUGAUAGUGCUCUUAAUUUCUUGUGAUGAAAGCUUCCUGAAAGUUUCACAGAAAUAAUUAGAAAUGUGUAUAUGGAAGUGUUUGUAUCUCGAUUUUGUACCAAUUUUGUUAGAAAACAAAGUUUUAUCUUUUUGGUAUUCUGUGCUCUCACUGCAAUAAUGAAUAUUUGUAUCCACAUCGGUUGCUUUAUUGUUGCUUUUAAAGACUUGCAGCUGUUUUGUGUUUAGGUUUUUCUACAGUUUUUGUGCUUAAUUUCUGUAAUAAAGAGUAACAAUGGAGUACAUAUACAA